GCAAGACCCAGUGGAGCAUCAAUAGAAUCGAGAUGGAAUCUAAAGGACCUCAAGUUAAUCGAGAUUGGCGGUUGACAACGGCUCUCUCAGUAGUAAACGUGAACUAGUUUUCUCUCCCUUCUCAGGUAGUUCCUACAAUUCUGCACCACCACCCUCGUCGAUCAAAUCCGCGCUCUGACCGGUUCUUCUCGUUUACGGACUUAAUUUUCCUUCAAGGUGCAUUCUACAGGUGGAGACGCAGCUGUCAAUCUAUCCCAAGCGCCGAUCUUUCUCCAUGUUUCAGGAUUUAGCCGCGACAGCUGGGGCACGAGUCAUCAACACUGACUCUUAACUGGGUGCUGAGACAGGCCGAGCCCAGAUUGAUUGGCGGUUAAUCUAUUCCCUGCAUUCGUCAAACCUCCGCGAGUUCGCAGUUUCUGCAGCAAUCGGCCUCUUCUCCUGAACUCGAUGGGUGUUACCCCCGCUCGUCGCACCAUGGCGAACGUCAAUCUAUUUCUGGACUUAUAAGGGUCCCCUGAACCGCACGUCCGCUCUCUCCUCCCCUGAACCGUGUUACUGUUGACCAGUUGAUUUGACCAACAUGCAGCUCCGUCAUAGCCUUCUCGUCGCACUCCUCGCCCUCUGUCGGUCAACGACGGCCCUCCUCGCCUUCCCUGGCGCUGAGGGAUUUGGCGCAAAUGCAGUCGGCGGUCGAGGGGGAGAGGUAUACGUUGUGACAAACCUCGAGGACUCUGGCGAAGGCUCGCUCCGUGACGCUGUUUCCGAGACCGAUCGUAUCGUCGUCUUUGCCGUGGGUGGCGUGAUCAACAUCGAGGAUCGCAUUGUCGUCUCGAAGCGUGUUACUAUCCUUGGUCAAACAGCGCCCGGUGAUGGUAUCACUGUGUAUGGGAACGGCUGGUCCUUUUCAAACGCAGACGAUGCGAUCGUGCGGUAUAUCCGAAUUCGAAUGGGCCGCGGUGGCGACUCAGGAAAGGACGGUAUCACCAUCGCUGAAGGAAGCACCAUGAUCUUCGACCACGUCUCCGUCUCCUGGGGUCGCGACGAGACCUUCUCGAUCAGCGGCUCGGCUGAGAACAUCACCGUUCAAAACACCAUCAUCGCACAGGGCUUGGAGACGCACUCGUGCGGUGGACUCAUGCAGACGGACGGCGGCGUCUCGCUCUUCCGGAACCUAUACAUCGAUAACAAGACGCGUAACCCCAAGGUCAAGGGUGUUAAUGAGUUCACGAACAAUCUUAUCUAUAACUGGGGUGGCGGUGGUGGAUAUAUUGCUGGUGAUUCGAGUGGGCAGUCUUAUGCAAACAUCAUCGGCAACUACUUCAUCAGCGGACCCUCGACAAGCGUCACGGCCUUUACUCGCGGAAACGCCAACUUCCACGGCUACGUCGAGAACAACUACUACGAUCCCGACCAGGACGGCACAUUAAAUGGGUCCCCGCUUGGCGAGGAGUCCUCGAGCUACGGCGGGAUGGAGAUCGUGACCGAGAAGUACGAUUACCCAGCUGUAGAGCAGCUCCUGACGCCCGAUGAGGUGGUCACUUAUGUGACUGAGAACGUCGGCGCCUCCCUAGUCCGCGACAGCGUCGACUCUCAACUCAUCGAAGAAGUCCUCUCGUACGGCACUGACGGCGCGCUCAUCUCGGACGAGGACUCGAUGGGCGGACCUGGUGACCUCGAUGGAGGCACAACCCCGACGGACACAGACGGCGAUGGGAUCCCGGAUGAUGCCGAGGCGGAGUUGGGAACUGACCCGAAUGUGCAUGACUCCAUGGAACUAGAUGCUAGCGGGUAUACAUACUUGGAGGUCUGGGCCAACUCGCUGGUGCCGUCGACCUUUGCAACUGGGGCUUCUAACAAGCCAAGGUGCUCGAAGCGGAAGCGCCGUUCUUAUUGAGGAUUGUAUCUAGUUGCUUCCCUGUAUAUAAUCUUUCAAUCACCUGUACAGUCUCGCAAAGUCUCUUGAAAGUCCAUCGGACGGAACUAUAUCUGCACACAUAUUUUCUUCACUGGAUUGGAUUGUGGUUGUCACUAAUUAAAUACAUACACUUGUCGAUGGGAAGUUCAGUCCAGCUUUACAAUUCCCAACUUUUCAUUCUCUCCCUUGCUCCUCUGACUCCACUGAGGAGCUUCGUCUUCACCAGCCUCUUCCUGUGCAUCGCCCUCUUCCUUGGUCUGAUGCACCGUCCGCGGAUCAUGCUCAGCGGGCGAAUAAAUGGUGACGACCUCUAGCGGGACACUGCCAACAUUGAGGAACUGAUGCUGCGUUCCAGCCGGAACAAUCACAACAUCCCCAGCCUUGACAUCUUGCUCUUUUCCACCUACGAUCGCACGGGCGUCGCCAUUUGUGAAGAGCAGGAUCUGAUCGACAGAGUGUUUCUAUUACACUCAGACAUGGUAAUCACACGGGAAGUAGAUCGGGGUUGCAUACCUCGUCGCCAAUAUCUCCAUUCACAGGGAUCUCCAUCGCGACGAAUUGUGAGUAGAGGCCAGUAUGGAUAACUUUGCGGAAGACUCCGAAUUCGCGGUUCGGGGAUAGGAUCCCCGGGAGAUGGACCAUCUCAUUCGGAGGCGGGUUGCUAACCAUUCUGCAGCCCUGUAGUUCUGAAGACGGGGAUUUCUGAUAUAUUGCUGAAGAAACGAAGCAGCGAGCUGAUUGUCGAUUUAUCCCAGCGAUAGAGGGUAAUUUCCUCGCACACUUAAAUACAGCGAGUCUAUUCAUCA